AUGCCUCUUUACUCUAUAAGCCAAGACUUUUUGGCUCGUGUGUUUGCCCUACCUGGUUUCCGGCCAGAAAUUCAGCGUAAACUUUAUUACGUGGACGUUCGCUGUACGUUACUCGGAAGCACAUUGCAACACGAGGAAGCUCAUCGAUUUUUGACUUUGGUUUCCACUCAUUUUGGAGCUGUUGGAAAAGGGAUGGUGUAUUAG